GGCUCGCUAUAGUACCGAGCCGAGCCGAGCCGGCUCGUCAAGGCUCGCGAGCCGGCUCGAGGCUCGGCCCAAAUCUGAACAGCUGAAGGCCCAACUCUGUCGCUGACCUAGGGUAUCAAACUUACCAUUUUGUUCGGUUGUUCCUAAUUCCUAUCAUCCGUCGGCCGCCGCCCCGCUCUGCUCACCGCUCACGCGACGCGCCGAGCCGCCGACGACCGCGGCCGUGACCCGCCCAUCCCGCCGUGCGGCCGUGAGGCCGAGUCUGUGACCGUGAUUCCAUUCCCUCCAGGCAGGCUGCUGGCUGCCAAGCUGCCAUCCGCCGACCGCCGCCCAUCCCUCCAGGCUCCAGCGAUGGCAUAGGCUGUCAGGCAUCACCGCGUCAGCUACUCAGGCUAGGGCGUUGGGCUGCCAUCCUGCUGGUUUAACUCCACGCCGCCUGCACCUGCCAGGCAGGGGCGCUAGGUUGUCAUCCCUCCAGGAACCGAUCAGCCGAGUAGUUGCUGCCUCGCUGGUCAGGUUAGUGAUCUGAAAAUCUGAAGUUCAUCCUCCAAGCUUCAGUCCGCCUGUCAGGUACUCAGGUUGCUGUCUGGCUAUUUACUUUUAUUGAUGGAAUCGGCUGUGGAAGGAAAGGGGAGGACUGCAAGUGAUGGAACUGAUUCAGAAAGUAAUUCGUUUGACAAGAGGGAUGAUAUGUCUGAAGAUGAACUGGUAGUGCUUGGUGGAAAAAUUGAUGAUUCAGUGGACAAUGUCAAUAUUGAUGAAUCUGAGGACAACAGAAGUAAACAAGGGGUCAAGAGAAGGCGCAAAAGGGUGAAGAUGAAGGCUACAACUGAAACUGAAAGGAGCAAAAAGGCAAAAUCUAAAGUUUGGGAUGCCUUUACUAAGGUGACUGUGCCGGAUACGACAGAGAAGGGGAAGAUGAUAUCAAAGGCAAAAUGUAACUAUUGUAAGAAGCUAUAUUCUUACAUACAAGGAUCAACAACAUCUCAUUUGUCAAGGCACAUGAGAAUUUGUGCCGUGUAUUUGAAGCAUGUGGCAAAGCAGCAGGAUCAAUCUCUUCUAAAUUUUGCUCCAUCAACAGCAGGUGAAUCUGGAUCUGGCCUUCCUACUAUCACUUCUCCAAAAGAUUAUAACCAUGAGCAAGUAAAAAAACUAAUUGCUAAGAUGAUAAUAGUUCAUGAGUAUCCAUUUAGGAUGGUUGAGCAUACUUGGUUUAACAUUGUCAUGAGGUAUUUGAAUCCUUCAUAUGAGUUUAUUGGUAGGAAGACUAUAAGAGCUGAAUGUUUAAAGAUCUAUGAGUCUGAAAAAGAAUCACUAGCAAAAGUCCUUAAAGGUGUUGAGUAUAUUUCCCUAACCACUGAUUUGUGGACAUCCAAUCAAACAUUAUCCUAUAUGUGUUUGGUUGCACACUACAUAGAUAGUGAUUGGAAGAUGCAAUGUCGUUUCCUGAAUUUUUUUGAAUUGGACCCCCCACACAAAGGGCCUGUUAUAGGACAAGCAGUAUAUGAAUGUGUUGCUGGCUGGAAAAUAGAGGAUAAAAUUGUUUCCAUGACUUUAGAUAAUGCCUCAAACAAUGAUGGUGCUAUUCGAGGUUUGAGGGCCAGAUUUUCAGCUAGACAAGGAAGUGCUUUUGUUGCAAAAUAUUUCCAUAUCAGAUGUUGUGCACACAUAAUUAAUUUGGUUGUUAAGGAUGGGACUGCUGCAUUGGAUUCUUUAAUAAGCAAUCUAAGAUCAACUGUCAAGUAUGUUAUGGUGAUUGCUACUAUUCUUGAUCCAAGGUAUAAAAUGAGAUUUAUUGAGUGGUGCUUCAAUAAGAUAUUUGAUGAACAUCAAGUUGUGUUUGAAUUAGAAGAUGUUCGUAGUGAGUUAGAAAAACUUUAUGGGGAUUUUGAGGUGCAGCAUAGAGAGAGAAAAGAGUCUCAAAGCAAAUCUAAUGCUUCCUCAUCUUUGAGUGUUGAAAGAUCAUGUAGUUUGCCAUCCGCUUCAUGUCAAUUUCAGUCUUUCUUGUCAUCAACUCAGUCUAACCCAUCAAAGAGCGAGUUGCUUAUCUAUUUGGAGGAGACUAAUGUGUGUUUAUCAGACAAAGAGUUUGAUUUGCUGAAUUGGUGGAAGGUUAAUUCACAUAGAUUUCCAGUGGUGUCGAGAAUGGCAAAGAAAUUCCUAACUAUUCCGGCGACAUCUGUGUCUUCAGAGUCUACUUUUAGCACGGGAGGUAGAACUCUAGAUGAUUAUCGUAGUUCUCUAAGGCCUUCAAUGGUGGAGGCAUUGGUAUGCUCUUCUAGCUGGAUCCGAGGAACACAUGAUGGAAGCAUGAUAUAUGUGGAAGAAGAUGAUGAGGACAAUGUUGAGAACAUUAUGUUCCCAAAAAGCUUGGUGGAAAGCAACUAAAUUUGGAAGAAUUGGAUGGAGACAAGACAAGCUAAGCUAAGGAGACGUCAAGAGUCAAGACUCAAGAGAAGAUGCAUCAUACUACUGCUGGCUGCUGCUGCUUGAGAAUAUACUGCUUUAUUGAGAACAUUAUGUUGAGAACAUUAUGUUUUGAGAACAUUAUGUUUUGAGCUGAAUAUACUGCUACUGAUUUCUAGUGCUGAACUGCUGAAUAUAUACUACUCUUUGUUGAAUAUAUAUAAUUAUAUACUACUCUUUCUAGUGCUGA